AUGCGCCUCGGCGCCUGCCAGGGUGCCGCAGCCACGGGCGAGGCGGCCCCUGGCCGCGAGGGGAGCGACCACGCCCUGGACGAGCUGGCCAAGGCACAGGGCCCUGCAGCCGCCGCGCCCGCGACCUGGGCUCGGGCCUGGCUGCUGCCCGCCCCGCGGCCCGCCCGCCACGUGGCCCCCGCGUCCCCUGCGAAGGCGGCGCCGGCGGCCCGCCGCGCCGAGGCGCCGCUCGAGCCCGCGGCCGCGGAGGACCUCUGGCUGCCGAUGAGCGUCCGCCGGGCCUCCUGCCGGCUGCUGCCGCCCAGCCUCCAGGCGCACCUGGACAAGGCCGCCCGCCAGACCGAGACGGCGGUGGGGGUGCUCCUGCCCGCCACGGUGGCGGUGCUCCUCCCGCCGGGCGUCCGGGGCCCCGGCGCCGUGCAGCUGGAGGCGAGCGGCCUGCGCCACCCGAGCGACCUCGCCGGCUGGUUCGGGGUCGCGGACGGCUCGGAGCUGGGCCUGGUGCAGCUGGCGGCGGCGGCGUGCCACGGGCCGGCGGGCCUGGGCGCAGGUCGGCGGCGAGCGUCAGGCGAGGGCCCUGUGCCAGGUGCGCCGCCGGCUCCUGCAGGUGCUGUCGCGGCAGGUCCGCGGAUUUCGCCCAGCUGGAGCAUGCAGCUCGUCGAGGUAUCCGAAAUGGACGACGACGAGAAGCUUGACGUAGUCGUGCCAGGGGCUCGCAUGUGGCCGCUGCACGAUCCCAUGCUGACCGAGGCGCUGCUCUUGAACGUUGCUCUGGAGCGCGCGUCUGGGAUCAGAAACGUCUGCCGCCUCUGCCGAGGAGACGAGUUCCCCAGGCUGCUGCGCGUGCACUACGGCGAGGAGGCGGCCUUUGUCUUCGCGUGGCAGUCUCACUACAUCCACUCGCUCGCGCUCUUCCUGGCCGCCUCGCUGCCUUUUAUCGUCCACAGGACGAUGCUGGGGAGGGGAGCGGUGUCACAGGCCCUUCUGCCGCAGUGCCUCCUGUCGGUGCUCUUCGGCGCCCUGGUCACAGAAGGAUGGCGCCACAGGGCCGAGUGCCUGCGCCAGGCGUGGCGGGCCCACGCGGACCCCUUGGCCCAGUGGCGGCAGCUCGUGUGUAGGGCGCAGAUAUGCGGCGCCCAGAGGCGCGCCGGCCUCUUGUCAGCCGCCCCCUCGCUCAGCGCACCACGGCGGGCCGCCGCGGCGGAGGAGGAGGAGGAGGAGGAGAGCAUUGACGUGCUGCACCGCCAGACAAUGGCGGUGGACUGGCGCGAGACCCUGGGGCUGGCGCCGAGGGCCACGACGCUGGGGAGCGGCGGGCUCCGGGUCGCCACCCUGGCGAGCCUGGCGAGCCUGGCAGGCGGCCUGGAGAGGGUGGCGAGUGCCAUGCACCUGCCCUAUCUCGAGACCAGGGCAAAGCGUGUCUUCAAGGCCCUCCUCUUCACGCCCGUGCUCCUCGCGGAGUGGCUGACCAUACUGGCGUUCUUCUGCGUGCUGGUGUGGUUCGAGGUGUGGGUGAUCUUCAAGUGGGGCGGCUGCGAGAAGGUCAACGAGGGGAAGCCACCAGAGGAGUGGCUCUGCAUGUCGGCCGACCAGGAGCGCGGGUAUGUGGGCCUUGCCUUUGGUGCUCUGCCCUCCAUCCUGGAGGGCAUAGGUUUCGAGCUGCUCAUGCAGGUGUCCAAGUGGACCGCCUACAUGGUGACCAGCUUCUACAGCUUCGACUCGCGCGAGCAGAGAGAUCUUGCGCGGGUCAUGGUGGUGUUCUUCCUGGAGGUGGUCGGGAAAGUGGGGUUCGUCUGCACGCUUGGGUUAGCCUUCGUGCCGUGGUGGUACGACCAGAGCAACCUCUUGUGCACUGAAAACUGGGACUACGCCCUGUUCGGCGAAUGGUCCCUGAGCUGCCUGAAGGCCCAGGUUCCCCCGGUCGUGCGGAUGAAGCUCUUUGAGUCGUGCAUGAAGGGCCCGAUGCUGGUCUCCGGCCUGGUGAGCAUAGGCAUAAAGACGCUGCUGCCGCUGCUCCUGGCGCUGUGGCGGCGGUGCCGCACGGGCGGGGAUCUGUUUGCCGGCUGCCUUGUGUGCCAGCGUCGGCAGACGACGGUGGGGAAGUGCCUCGUUGCGCCCUUUGAUUUUGUCCUGCGCGCGUGCAUUCUGAUCGGCGGAUUUUGGUGCCGUCGGGGGGCUUCGCCUCCUGCUGUGGUGGCCGCCGGCUCUCAGUGCGCCCCGCACGCGCGAGGUGCCCCUCCGAGUGCGGCGCCGGCUCUGGCACGUGCUGCUCGAGGGGCAGCGCAGGAAGCACGACCCCUUUGA